AUGACACUGAAUCUCCGCGGUGAUGGGGUUCUAAAUGUGGACAGAGAGCUUGACGCGCCUGAGCUGAAAAACAUGGGCCAAUUUCUCACCAAUCAUACGGUCGACAUCUUCGUUGGCGCCGAGCGAAAGCAAUCCCAUCUGCACCGCGACUUGCUCUGCGAUCGAUCCGACCACUUCACAGCCUGCUCUACAGUAAAAUUCGAAGAAGCGCAGCAGAAGCAGCUCUCCCUACCGGAGGAUGACAUUGAAAGCUUCGAUCUUUUGGUGAAAGUGACUAUACGGUGCACCUCUGAAGAAGACUAG